AUGCUGAUGAGGAUGGGAGGUGGCAGGCGUCUGUGGAGGGCCCCGCAGAGGAGGACCCCGCCAGGAGGCCGCAUCAGCUGGGACUCGCCCAUGUCUCCAGGUGUAUGCCCCCGCUUCUCUCCACCAAUCAGGCUCAGUAUCAGAUCUCUGGGGGCGGGCUGUCCGAGCACAUCUGUCAAUCACACGCAGACAGUGGAAGUUUGGAAGAGCCGCCAGAGAGUCCUGGACUAA